UCCCUUCAUAGUUUUUCUGUUUUUUACUACCUUUCUCAGCUGUGAUAAUAAUUUUCAAUACCAUCACGUCUGUAUUCUAGCAUUGACCUCCUUGAUAUAUCUUCACGGAUACCUAUCACAUCCCUGCCCAGAAGAUCGCAUUAGGGCCAAAGGAACGACCUGACAGCGCCGAUCAACCCACAGUCGACAGGUAAAAGAGCGAUGCACAAAUCAAGACGACGUGAGAGGACGAGGGAUUAUCAAGGUAAUCUCCACAUUCUCCGCCCAUCCGAACAUCUCACAACAUUAGCCUUCCCUGCCUGACCUCGAUCAUUACCUACUUACUUUUACCACAACAAAACCGAAACCAAAACUCAACCCCAACCCAAACAAAAAUAAACUCACCCCCUCACUCCCUUUUCCUCUCCAAACCCCCAAAAAAGAAACAAAAAAUGACUCUCUUCACGCGCCUAACCACCUUCGUCAACACGUGCAUGGCCAGCCACGACCCCUCGCACAAUCCAGCCCACGUGCACCGCGUCGUGUCGCUGGCGCGCUCCAUCCUGCGCGCCGAACGAGCCCGCCACCCGACCCGGCUCUAUGACGCCGACGUCGUCGAUCUGGCCGCCCUGCUCCACGACGUCGGCGACCGGAAGUACCUGCCGCAGGUCAUGGAGAUUGUCGCCUCCUCCUCGUCUUCUUCCUCUUCCUCUCCGUCUACCGGAGGGGACUCUGCUGGGGGGAAUGGGGACGGGAUACGACCGGACGAGCUCGUUCUGCAGGCGAUGGUGUCGCACGGAGCGGAGCCGGAGCUAGCGCGGCGGGUGCAGACGAUCGUGUCGCAUGUGUCGUAUUCGAAGGAGAAGAAGGACCCCGAGGCGGUGCGUCGCCUGCUAGACGAGGAGGAGGGGUACGCGGAGCUGGCGAUCGUGCAGGAUGCGGACCGCUUGGAUGCGCUGGGCGCCGUGGGCAUUGGCCGGUGCUUCACCUUCUUGGGGGCGCAGGGCCGGCAGUUUAUUCCGGCGGGCGGCGAGUGGGAGAUGGGCAAUGCCAUCGAGCAUUUCCAGGAGAAGCUGGAGCGGCUGGAGGGCAUGAUGAAGACGCAGUCGGGCAGGGAGAUGGCCCGAGUGCGCACGCAGCGCCUGGUAGAGUUUCGUGGCUGGUGGGAAGACGAGAUGGCGCUCGCGAGUGAGAUUUAAGAGUCAGGGAGAAUAGGAAUGGUUAUUAUCGAUUGUUUAUGUCUAUGUUUUCGGUUUAUAGAAUCUCUAGAACUGCCCGUCCCCAGUACAAAAACGCAAGUCCGAAAAAUCAUCCUUUCCUGUCUAUCUAUUCUCAGUACAGUCAAGUCACGUUGUGGGGUAUGUAACAUCUGAUGGGUGACAAUCAUAAGAAUCAGAAUAAUAAUAACUAUAUCAUGUAUCAGCAGUACAGACCAAUGCAAGCGAAUAGAUU